CCCUGUGCCCGGCUGGGCGGGGCGGGCAGCGGGGCCCCGGCCCUGGCCCGGGCAGAGAGCAGCCGGGAAGCCCGGAACCUGCCCGGGUAACCCCGACACCCGGUUGAGUUUCCGUCAGACGCCCGUCAUCAGACGUGCGGUGGCCCUAGCUGGCCCCGAAAGCCCCGGCGGGAGGAAAGAGUGUGCAAGCUUGCAGAAGGAGUCCGGGAUCGGCGCCCUCGCCUCGGCUCGUCCAACUGCCGCCGCCAGGACCCGGGGCCAGGAGCCGCCGCGGCGGAGCCACCUGACACCUUUAAAUAGCACCGGGGCUGGCGAAACUGGAGCCCGGCGCGGCGCUUCCCGGCUCCGGCCCGGGCUUGCUGGAAACCCCGGCGGCGGCGGCGGCGCAAGUGUCAGCGCUCUCCUCCCGGGGCCCCGCGCGGCUCAGCCUGCUUGGGUCGCCGCGCUAAUCGGCCCGCCCGUUGCUUGUCCGCGCCCUCCUCGGCGCGGCUUCCUGCCGGUUUCACGCCUUCCUCUCUUGCACCGCCCGGAGCCUGAGCUGCCCGCGGGCUGGGUCCCCGCGGCCCGAGCCGCCCCGGCCGGGCCCCCAAGCGAGGCCAAGAUGACUUCCAAGGAGGACGGCAAGGCGGCGCCAGGGGAGGAGCGGCGGCGCAGCCCUCUGGACCACCUGCCGCCGCCCGCCAACUCCAACAAGCCACUGACGCCGUUCAGCAUCGAGGACAUCCUCAACAAGCCGUCCGUGCGGAGAAGUUACUCGCUGUGUGGGGCGGCGCACCUGCUGGCGGCCGCGGACAAGCACGCGUCGGGCGGCUUGCCCCUGGCGGGCCGCGCUCUGCUCUCGCAGACCUCGCCGCUGUGCGCCUUGGAGGAGCUAGCCAGCAAGACCUUUAAGGGGCUGGAGGUCAGCGUCCUGCAGGCAGCUGAAGGCCGCGAUGGGAUGACCAUCUUUGGGCAGCGGCAGACGCCCAAGAAACGGCGAAAAUCACGCACGGCCUUCACCAACCAUCAGAUAUAUGAGUUGGAGAAACGCUUUCUAUACCAGAAGUACCUGUCCCCAGCAGAUCGCGACCAAAUUGCGCAGCAGCUGGGCCUCACCAACGCACAGGUCAUCACCUGGUUCCAGAACCGGCGCGCCAAGCUCAAGCGGGAUCUGGAGGAGAUGAAGGCCGACGUGGAGUCUGCCAAGAAACUGGGCCCCAGCGGGCAGAUGGACAUCGUGGCACUGGCCGAACUCGAGCAGAACUCGGAGGCUUCGGGCGGCGGUGGCGGCGGCUGCGGCAGGGCCAAGUCUAGGCCGGGUUCUCCGGCGCUUCCCCCAGGCGCCCCGCAGGCCCCAGGCGGUGGGCCCUUGCAGCUUUCGCCCGCCUCUCCGCUCACGGACCAGCGGGCCAGCAGCCAGGACUGCUCAGAGGACGAGGAAGAUGAAGAGAUCGACGUGGACGAUUGAGCUACGCCUUGGACCUUCUGCCGCUCGGGCCCCCAGCGCCCGCAUGCCCGCCGCCUCCCGGACCUGACCGCUAAGGGGAGCUGGGACCUCCUCUGCACCUCCCGCCUCCACCCUUGUCCCGGGGCUGGGACUUGGCCCCUGACAGCCGCCUCUUCCUUCUCGAAGCAAUAAAUCCCGGCCGGCCGGCGGGGCCGGCCGCCACAUGCGGCCUCCGCCGCCCCGAAGCUCUCGCCGUGCAAUUCUGUAUGGCUUCUGUAUAAAUAUUUAAGCCUAUAUAGUGGGUUCCUCCCACCGCAGCCUGAUCUUUUUCUUUCUUUUAUUAUUUUUUUAAAUAUCAGAGAUUUCGAUGUUUCAAAGCCCCGGUGCUGCCGGGUGGGCUGACGGU